AUGGCGAGGUUCCUUAAUGGAUUAAAUCCUGAAAUUAGGAAGAAGGUUGAGCUUCAAGACCACUUUGAACUUCAACAAAUGGUGUCUUAUGUAGGGAAGGUGGAAAAAGAAGCCUUACCUCUAACGACACCUAGUGGCCGAACCACUACAUCCUCUUCCACUCCUUGGAAAAGAAAUCAAUUGCCAACAUCCAAUGCUUGGCCAAGGCAAGGUAAUAGAGAGAGGGAAAACAAGCGGAUGGAACAACCGUCCCAUCCGAGUGUAACUUCUUCUAAACCAAUCCUGCGGCCACCUCUUCCAGGGGCAAAUACAUCUACCAACCAGCCAAAGGCAUGUUUCAAAUGCAAGGGAAUUGGCCACCUCAUGGCUCAAUGCCCUAACCGAAGCAUCAUGUACAUGAAUGAAGAGGGAGUGUGGCAAAGCGAAGGAGAUGAUGAAUAUGCUGACAUGCCACCGCUUGAAGAAGAAAGGAAGGAUGAUGACAUGGUUGAGAUAGAGGAGGACCCCGUAGCACGAACUAUGGUGACUAUGAGAGUGCUUAAUGCACAAGCUCAAGAAGAUGAUCUCCAACGAACCAACAUCUUUCAUACAAGAUGCAAAAUUGGAGAUGAGGUAUGUCUUAUGAUCAUUGAUAGUGGCUCUUGUACUAAUUGUGUAGACGCUGAUUUUGUGGAGCAAAAUCACAUUCCAUGGACUUAUCACCCUAAACCAUAUAGAUUGUCUUGGUUAAAUGAUGGGGGGAAAGUCAAGGUGACCAAACAGGCCUUAAUUGCUUUUUCUAUUGGUCGAUACAAGGACCAAGUUUUAUGUGAUGUAAUUCCUAUGCAUGCUAGUCAUGUCUUGUUGGGGCGUCCUUGGGAGUAUGAUAGACAGGCUGAUCAUAUUGGACUUACCAAUAAGAAUUCAAGGAUGUGUUUCCAGAGGAACUACCGAAAUGAUUACCUCCAAUUCGAGGCAUUGAACAUCAAAUCGACUUUGUCCCUGGAGCAAUUCUACCAAAUCGACCAGCCUAUAGAGCAAAUCCGGAGGAAACAAAGGAAGUUCAAAGGCAAGUCGACUCCCUCCUUGAAAAGGAACAGCAAGUCUUUAGAUGAGCAUGUUGAGCAUUUGCGACUUGUUUUAAGUGCCUUGCGUGAAAAUAGGCUAUUUGCUAACAUGGAAAAAUGUGUUUUUUGCACUCCUGAAGUUAACUUUCUUGGAUAUAUUGUUGGUGCAAAUGGCAUAAGUGUUGAUCCCGCCAAGGUAAAGGCCAUCAUGGAGUGGCCGACUCCAACCAAUGUAUCUCAGGUAAGGUCUUUUCAUGGUCUUGCAAGUUUCUAUAGGAGAUUUGUUAAAGACUUUAGUACUAUUGCAACACCUUUGAAUGAGAUAAUUAAAAAGAAUGUGGGGUUUCAAUGGGAAAAAGAGCAAGAAGAGUCGUUUACUAAGUUUAAGAAUUUGUUAAUUUCAGCACCUAUUCUUGCUUUGCCUAAUUUUGAUCUGACGUUUGAAGUUGAAUGUGAUGCUAGUGGGAUCGGCAUAGGGGCUGUCUUACAUCAAAAUAAUAUGCCGUUGGCAUUUUUCAAUAAGUUGAGUGGGGAGCUCUUAAUUACCCUACUUAUGAUAAAGAAUUGCAUGAAGGCUUCUUGUUCAAAGAAAAUCGGCUAUGUAUUCCCAAUUGUUCACUUAGGGAAUUACUUGUUAAAGAAGCCCAUGGCGGAGGGUUGA